UUUUGCCCAUGGCCCAGUUAAAGAUACAUGUGAGUUGCUCAAUAGUCUGUCAACUAGAAUGGGGCUCUGGAGGCCUUCAAAUUCCUUUUGUGUAUAUGAGGAAAUAAUAAGUACCACAUGCUAGAGUCAUGAAGUUCAAAGUGGUUUAAACACAUCCUCAUGUCCUGCCACCCAGACUCUGGUCCAGAUCCUACUUUACUGCCACAGUCAGACAUAAAGUCAGUUGUUGAGGAAGAAAAAAAUGAACCUGCUCCUAACAAUAAACCAGCUUUUUUUCAUCAAGCCUUAAAAUUUGGACAUCGAUAAAUUUCCUGUAAGCCUACCAAAAUGUACAGAAAUCAUCACAUGGCAGGUAUCUGGGCUGUUUUCAAUAGCAGGUGGAAGCAUUGUUCCUUUAGUGACUGUUUCAGACAUUACUGUGUAAUGUAGUCCUCUCCUGUAUAAUUCAGUAGUGUUUUGGUAUAGUUCAUCUCUCUGAAAUCAAAGCCUUUCUCGUUAUGUCAGUCAGAAGUACAUUGGACUUAAGCUAGUAAUCCAUAAACUCUUCCAUACCUAUUCAGCUAUACCCAUACAAGCUGUCCUAUUGUGAGAAACAGUAAUGGUCUUUUCCCAUUUAUGCACCUUUCCUUUCCGAUUAGUGGUAAUAUGGUCACAAAACUGCACACCCUGAAAAAAUAACAAGCCAGACUGUGGACUGGUGUUUACAGUCCUCAAAAACUAUCACUUCCAGUAGGGUUUGGUGGACUGAAGCUGAGACCAGUGUUAGUAUCAGGGACCAGGGAGGUUUUGGCUGCCCUGCUCAGCUUUGGUUUCUCUGCCACUGCUUCAUGGACCUCUGCCAGAUUGCACUGGUACAGCUGGAGGUAGAAGAUAGGUCCACAUUUGUUAGGGUAAGCUCCUCUCUUCUUUCCUGAAGGCUUUCACCCAUUCUUGUAAGUUACAUUUUACAUCUAGUUCUCCAAUGUAAAGAGACUCUCCUGAAAGGCCAUCUCAUUUGGGAGAAGAAGGACAAAGGCUUCCCAUUGCCUCCUAUUUCUAGAGGGCACAUUUAAAGAGCUCUCUUCUGAUCUCUGUAAAAACAGCAGAAACCUCUUUAACUUCACCAAACUGGAUUUCCUGCAGGAUAGGAUUUCUCACAAGAGAAUUUCAAUCAGAAAAAUUACCUAGACAGUGUUAUGCAUGCUCCCAGGGAAAUGCCAGUAGUUUCAGUGAAAUAGCACUCCCAUCCAUCUCAUCUCUGCCUCUGCAUUAACUAACACAGGCAGGCUGUCUGACCAAAAGGCUGCUGCAAAAUGCCUUUGUGUAUAAAGAACUUGGGGGAAGCACAGUAAGAAGUGAUUAUACAGUAACUGUACUGAUGAAGUUACAUAAAAUGAACUUCCCUAUGACCCUGUGGUUUCACUACCGGAAUAAUAUGAAAAGAGAGAGCCAAAGCUGGCUGCUAGCUGUGACAUGACAUCAACAGGGAAGUUAAAGGAAAGAUUUGUUUAACAUGCUUUCAUUUACUUCUUAGAAUAGUGAUGACAUUACAUUAACACCACCAAAAAGUGAGUCACAUACGUAAUUGCUGCUUGGAGCUAUCAGGAUCUAUAAAAGCAUUUUAGCUGUGGUCUUGGGAGACAGAAGGUCAAACCCUUUCUGCUGCAGCAAGGCUCCUUGGCAAGCUGGGCACUAUGCAAUACCUCCUACUUUGUGCUGCCAUCCUCCUACCUAAGAGUCUUGCUUUUCCAGCACAACUUAAAACAGAAUCAUGGAGCAACACAGACUUUGAGAAUGUAAAGGCAUAUCUUGAUAAAUUCUUUCCAGUUCUUACAAAAACACGAACCCUAAGCUUAGAAGAGAGGAUUAAAGAAAUGCAGAGGUUUUUCCACCUGACUGUAACUGGAAAAUUAAAUGCAGAAACGGAAGAAAUAAUGAAACAGCCCAGAUGUGGAGUCCCCGAUAUAGAAGAUUACAAAACAUUUCCUGGAAAUCCAAGAUGGAAAAAGACACAUUUGACUUACAAGAUUGUCAAUUAUACACCUGAUCUACCCCAAAAGAAAGUGGAUGAUGCAAUUAGAAGGGCUUUUAUGGUAUGGAGUGAUGUGACUCCACUGCAGUUCCAAAGAGUAUUCAACAGACACGCAGACAUUGUGAUUGGAUUUGCACGUCGUGAGCAUGGUGAUGGAUAUCCUUUUGAUGGAAGAGGUAACACAUUAGCUCAUGCAUUUGCACCUGGAGAAGGGCUUGGUGGAGAUGCUCAUUUUGAUGAUGAUGAAAGGUGGUCAGAGUUCAACCGAGAAGUUAAUUUGUUCCUUGUUGCUGCUCACGAAUUUGGCCAUUCUUUGGGACUCGCUCAUUCAAAUGACCGUGAAGCUCUGAUGUACCCUAUCUACUCAUAUGUGAACCCAGCAACCUUCAGACUUUCAGAGGAUGAUAGGCGAGGAAUUCAGAAGUUAUACGGGAGAAAGUCGUCAAACUCUUGAAGAAAGUGCUUCAAAAAGACCAAAGAAUUCACAUCUGGUUGUUUUGGUGUUUCAAACCAAUUUUAAUCCUCUAGCUAAUUAAAGUGGUAAACUCCUGGACUGCACUUUCUCUCCUGGAAUUUUUAUAUUGAUUUGUUUGCACUUCAUACAAUUUCACUUAACAAUUAAAAAACCCUCAAACUUG